AUGGCCAGAGUGAAUCCUGCCAGACGCAAUAAGCUAGACUUUGCAUACGAGAGACGCGGGGCUGACCGAGACGAGGUCAACCGUUGGGUGGAGGGAAUUGCACGGGGCAUCAAGCAUCUCCACGGGUUGGGAAUCGUCCACAAUGACAUCAACCCGUGUAACAUCAUGUUUCAAGGUGAGAUUCCGGUCAUUAUUGAUUUUGAUUCUGCUCGGCCUCAUGGCCAUGAUUUGAGCUUGGUCAAACGAACGCAUGGGUGGCAUAAUGAGAGAGCCAAAGUGGCUUUGCCGAUGAAUGAUAUCACUGCACUACUGGAGAUACAGUUGUGGCUCUUGGGGGAGAUUGAUCAGUUCCAAUUUUGA